GCAUUUGGUUAUCCUCAGAAUGGCACAUCUUACUUUAUUCAACUUCACUACGAGAGGUAGUUCCAACUUGGUUGACUAUCCAAUUUCCCUCGAUGUUAUUAGGGCAGCUUCUACAAUUAUGAAGGAGUUUGACUUGUCACGAAGACAACCUUUGAUUGUGUUGCAAGCGGGGUUACUUUUUAGAGUGUAUCUCGGAUGGGCACCUGAAAACUUUACGUCUGGUAGCAGAACCCAGAUAUCUAUGGGUACAAUUGUUCAAUUAGCUUAUUCAUUGGGAUUGAAUCGUGAUCCUACUUGUUUCACAAUUACAACUCCUAGACAGGCUAAUUUGCGAAGAAAGAUUUGGCAUGUCCUCGUCAGAUUAGAUGUGCUUGAUUCUAUGAUUUGGGGAACAACAUUAUCAACUGACCCAACCACUUAUGAUACUCAGUUACCUACGUAUGAGGAAGUCAGCUGUAAUCUUGAAGAUAAAUCUUUAGAAAGAGAUAUCAUUACGUCGUUCCCCAAGUACGAUGCACUUUUGAGUGUUUGUUAUAAGUUAACAGGAAUACACCUACGAGUUAAGGGAGGACACAAACUUAGUGAAGUCACCAGUUUAAUUUCCGAGCUCGAGGUGCUCUGUCAGAGAUUGCUAGGUACAGUCAAGCAAGGAUUGAAGAGUGAUAAUUUCUUGGAUUUGCUCAAGUUGAGAAUCCUUUUAUUUGUUAAAUUGUAUUUGGUUUAUAACCAUUAUAAUUUGUACUUGUAUUAUGAAGCCCAACAAAACCCAUUACAAAUGUAUUAUUUCCGCAAGGUUCUUGAGAUAGUUAUGGUUGAUAUGAAAGAGUUUCCCUACCAGGCAAUGAAUACUGAAGGCAAUGGAUUUUCACUUAUGUUUGCCCUGAUUUUACAGGUUUAUUUACAUGUGGUGUUUUUAAUCAUUAUGUGUAUUAGAAGCAGGUUCAUUCUGACUUUGUACGAAAUCAAGAGAAACCCCGCUAGGUUUAAACACGACUCGUUGUUGGAAUAUACCAAGACAAUUGAAGAUAGUGAUGCUGCAUUAAAGACUUUUUCAUAUUGCAAUUUAAGAAUGACCAGGAUAUUGGGCGAUCGGUACAAAUACUCGUGGAUUCUUUCUAAAGUUCACAUGAAUAUUUUGCGGUUGUAUGAUGAUAAUUUGGAGAUUUUUAAUUAUAAUGAAUCAAAAGCUGUCAAGGAAGCUGUCAUUGAUAUGUCAUUGGAGGAUAUCAGACAUAUCACUACACUUACUGAAGGGUGUAUUCGAGCCAACAAGUUUGGCCCAACUCCAUUUGGCAACGAAUCUGAAGAAGAACUAAUUCAAGAGAUUCAACGAGAUAAUUUAUGGCAUCAAAUCAAGAAGAUCUUUACUGAAGAGACAGUCACCAGUGCUUGGAUUGACAAAUCAAAAUACAAUAAUAACAGUACAAUCACAUUUGAUUUCGAUCUAUUUGUAAAUGAUAUUAAUUUUGCACAAUCUAUAACUUAAAAAAUGUAUAGUCCUCGUUUAUACCAAAUAAACUUCCACACAAUGUAAACCAACGCACAACUAGUAAUUAACCCAAGAGAAGUGAAUGUAAAGUAUCUCUCUAAACAGUUGUUGAACAAUCCUCGGGCAUUGCCUGUGCAUCUUGAAUCGGCAUUGUGUCCGUAAAACAAAGAAUACAAGAUUGAUCCCGUGGCUGGGGCAACCAUGAAUGAUCCCCAUGUGGAUCCCAUAAUGUCAAUUCCCCAUAUGGAUGCAACAAUAGUAGGAUACAAUGUAAACAUACCCCCGUACGAAACCCCAUUAAUCAUGGCGAUGAGGGAGUAAUUCACAGGUGUAUUUGGGUCCAAUACCCCAUUUGCAUAUUGACCAAUUGCUCCGAUAAAAAUGACGACAAUAAGAAGCCAUACUCGACAUAUCCCCUUGGUUGCCAAGUAAUCAGAUGCUCCUCCGACUAAAAGUCUAGCUACUGUUGAUGCAGUGGCCAUUAGACUUACUUGAUCGGAAAGGUCGGCCCCGGGAGUUAUGUUCUUGAGGAUGGAUCCAAGAUUGUUUUGAUAACUUUCCAUGGGUCCAAUAUUGAGAACUAAUGAUACAAGUAAUAGCCAUGCCGAUUUAUCCUUCAAGAAUUGUAUGAAUCUCUGAUGAUGGUUAGGUGGUUCAAUAGAAGAACGUCUUGACAUCACGGGAGCCAACGGAGUUUCUUCAUCAACACUCAUGCAUUCAUCGGGUAUUAUGGGUGAUUCCUCUUCUUCUAAAUUGAAUAUCAAUUCUUGUUCCACAAUUGCUAUUGAACUAGAUACAAAGUUCAAUGCGCCAAUGCCAAAGUAAAGUAUGCCGAAAAAUCUAAAUGUCUUGUACAAGUCCAAUUGUCCUUGGUCUAAAAAGUAGUCUAUUUUGAGCAUUUGUGAUCCUAUCAAUGCUGAGAACCCAUAGCAAGUGAUUGGUAACGAUAUGGCUAAGCCUUUAUGAUUGGGGAAGAUCCGGGCACAGGUGAUUAAACUGGAAAAGUAUAGCGAGCUUGUCGCUAACCCAAUCAAAAAAAAUGUGAAACAGAAUGCAUAAAUGUACUUGUUCAGUACUGGUUGCUCUCGAAGCACGCAUACGAUAUAACUGUUAAUCAAGUAACUUGGACAGAAAAACCAAAUCAGAAACAAUGACAAUAAUGCUGGGCCAUAACAAUCAGCAAGGUACCCUAGCACAGGUAGACAAAAGUACAUUCCGCAUGCAGAAAACGAGGCGAUGGUGUUGAUUUGCAUAAAGCUUAACCCCAAUACCUCAUGGAAUGAUAUUGUAAACAAGGAAAAUAGCAAGAUAGAACCUGAAACGAGACAUGAUAUUAAUGAUAUGACAAAUGCUAAUUUUCGAAGGUUUUUAAGGGAGAUGUGACGGGAUAGAUAACUCUUUAUCUUGUGUGAUAUUCUAUGGAGAUAAGUCGGUUUGUGCAUGGUUUUGGUUGUGUUAUCUCCCUU